ACGUUUCCCGUUCCUCUAAACCCUUUCCCCGACCAUAUAAGGAGAGGCAGCUGCUGGGGGCGUCCCCAGGAUCUAAAGAUAGCAGCCCCUGCCUCGGACUCCAAACGCCACAGGGCAGCGGGAGCAGCCAUGGCACGGCAGCAUGCCCGGACCCUGUGGUACGACAGGCCCAAGUAUGUGUUCAUGGAGUUUUGUGUUGAGGACAGCACGGAUGUCCACGUGCUCAUCGAAGACCACCGCAUUGUGUUCAGCUGCAAGAAUCCUGAUGGAGUGGAGUUUUACAAUGAGAUUGAGUUCUAUGCCAAGGUGAACUGCAAGGACUCCCAAGAUAAGCGCUCUGGCCGCUCCAUUACUUGCUUUGUGAGGAAAUGGAAGGAGAAGGUGGCAUGGCCUAGGCUCACCAAGGAGGAUAUCAAGCCAGUGUGGUUGUCUGUGGACUUUGAUAACUGGAGAGACUGGGAAGGGGAAGAAGAAGUGGAGCUGGCUCAGGUGGAGCAUUAUGCAGAGCUUUUGAAAAAGGUCAGCACCAAGGGACCACCCCCUGCAAUGGAUGAUCUGGAUGAUGAUUCUGACAGUGCUGAUGCAACAAGUAAUUAACUUUCUGUGACAGCAGAGCUGAAGAGGAAGCUGUGGCUAUAGUUUAGUCACUCUAACAAGCCAGGACCUGCAUCUUUGUCAGCUCCUUGAUGGUGCACCAGCGUCCUCUGAGAUCUCUGAGCUUUCCUAGAAGCUUUUUUAUUAAGGGUCUUCCUUCUUUUUUUUUUUUUAAAUUUCUUCCAUUGCUUUCAUUUUAUUUAUUAUUAUUAUUUGCCGUGCUGUGCAGCAUGUAGGGUCCUAGUUCCUUGACCAGAAAUUGAACCUGCACCC